UGCAGCAGCCAUUUUGUCUUUCCGCCGCCGCUGCUGCCCGAGCUUCUCGCUCCCUCCCGCCGCCGCGGGCCGCGACACUCAAGUUCCCCCCCGGGCGCGGCUCCCGCCGGGCCGGGGCCGAUCCCGACCCCCCUCCCCUAAUCCCGGGAGGCUCCUCCGCAGCCCGGCCGCGGGGGCGGCUCCCGCGCCCCUUGCCGCGCGAUGUCCAGCGAGGAGAGCUACCUGGCCAUCCUGCGGUACCUGACGAACGAGCGGGAGCCGUACGCGCCGGGCACGGAGGGCAACGCCAAGCGGAAGAUCCGCAAGGCCGCCGCCUGCUACGUGGUGCGCGGCGGCACCCUGUACUACCAGCGGCGGCAGCGCGACCAGCAGCGCUUCGCCGAGCUGGAGGUGGUGCUGCAGGCCGAGCGCCGCGCCCGCCUCAUCCGCGCCGCGCACCUGGCGCCCGACGGCGCGCACCGCACCCGGCUGCAGACCUGGCAGGGGCUCUCGCAGAAGUACUGGUGGAGAGGUAUUCUUAAGCAGGUUAAGGAUUACAUUAAAGAAUGCAGCAAGUGCCAGGAAAAGCUAGACCGCUCCAGAUCUCUCUCAGAUCCUUCUGAAAUGCUGGAGGAGCUGGGACUGGAUGCAAAAUCUCAUGAAGACAGUAAUGAAACAGAUGAUGAAUUGAGUAACACAGCAUCAAUCCCAGCAGCAUCCCCAAAGCCUGUGAAGAAGAAACCAAUAGCAAAGCACGAGCUUGUGUUUGUUGACAGUAAGGGCCUUGUGAAGCAGUCAUCUUCCAAACAUUGUCUGUCAGUCUUAAACCAACUGAAUCAGCAGAGGCUUUCCAAUCAGUUCUGUGAUGUGACUUUGCUGAUUGAAGGAGAGGAGUACAAAGCUCACAAAUCUGUCUUGGCAGCCAACAGCGAGUACUUCCGAGAGCUCUUCAUUGAAAAGGGAGCUGUCACUAGUCAUGAAGCUGUAGUGGAUCUGUCAGGUUUCUGCAAGUCCAGUUUCCUGCCUUUAUUGGAAUUUGCUUAUACUUCAGAAUUAACGUUUGACUUCUGUAGCAUGGCAGAAGUGGCCAUGCUCGCCCGGCAUCUCUUCAUGUCAGAGGUCCUUGAAAUCUGUGAGAAUGUGCACAAACAGAUGGAAGAGAAACAAAUUACAGUGUACCAAAAGGGAGAUAUCCAAACAGUAGAGUCAACACAAAAUUUAGCAGAGCAGGCUGAAGUGCAGGUGCAGCCUGUGAGUGGUGUUGAGCAGCCUAAACUCACAGCCAGUGAAGUGCCAGUAGCUGUGAAUGGAGCUCCUUCCUCUGCUGGGACAGAGGAGGCAGCAGCGCCCCAGCCCGACCUCCUGCCCCCAGAGCCUCUGGAGGCCACUGCAGGUGAUCCUUCCAAGCCUGUGGAACGGUGUGAAACAACUGAAAAUUACAUCAAAAUCCAGCUGGUGGAGAGCAUUUCAAACAGCCUCUACAACAGACUCAGCACUGAGCCAUCGGCUGAGGAAGCCAUGGACACACAGAGCCAAGGGGAAGCUGAGGCAGCUCAAAAUCAGAGUGAUAAGGCACAUGUGGACUCUGCUUCUGAAGACUCCUCAGAGACACUCAGGCAAAAAAGUGAUGAGCAGAGCAGCUCCAUUUCCCAGCCAGAGAGCCUUGCCUCCAGCCAGGAUGAUACUUACAAAAGCAAGCUUCGCCAGCGCUCUGUCACUGAGGGGGGAUACAUCAGGCUGCAUAAAGGAAUUGAAAAAAAACUGCAGAAUAGAAAGACAAAUCCUAAAUCUGCAGUGCAGCAGGUUGCCAUGAAGCUGGUACAAAGAGGGAAAAAAAUGAAACAGCCCAAAAGAGAUACCACGGAAAAUAACGAAGUGGAGGCGCAGCACAAAUGCACUGACUGUGGAAUGGUGUUCCAGCGGCGCUAUGCACUCAUAAUGCACACACUGAAACAUGAAAGGUCUAAGGAAUAUAAAUGCCCACUGUGUAAGAAGGAGUUCCAGUAUGGCGCGUCGCUGCGGGCGCACCUGGUGCGGCACACGCGGAAGACGGAGGCCGGCGCUGCAGCCGGGGGGCCCGAGGGGAGCGGCGUGUCCUCGGUGAAAGGCAGGACCAAACGGGAAUUCGUGUGUGACAUCUGUGGGAGGACUCUGCCCAAGCUCUAUUCCCUCAGAAUACAUAUGCUUAAACACACAGGUGUCAAACCCCAUGCGUGCAAGGUUUGUGGAAAGACCUUUACAUAUAAGCAUGGAUUGAAAAUGCACUUAGCUCUCCAUGAAGUACAGAAACAGUUCAAGUGUGACUUGUGUGAAAAGUCUUUUGUCACAAAAAGAAGUCUUCAGGAGCACAUGAGCAUUCAUACAGGAGAAUCCAAAUAUCUUUGCUCCAUCUGUGGAAAAUCUUUCCACAGGGCAUCAGGACUCAGUAAACACAUAAAGAAACAUCAGCCAAAGCCUGAAGUUCGUGGAUAUCAGUGCACUCAGUGUGACAAGAGUUUCUAUGAAGCUCGGGAUCUUCGGCAGCAUAUGAAUAAACAUUUAGGUGUGAAGCCAUUUCAGUGUCAGUUCUGUGGGAAAUGUUACAGCUGGAAGAAAGACUGGUAUUCUCAUGUAAAGUCUCAUUCUGUCACAGACCCUUAUAGGUGUAAUGUAUGUGGAAAAGAAUUUUAUGAGAAAGCUUUGUACAGAAGACAUGUAAAGAAAGCCACACAUGGUAAAAAAGGAAGAGCAAAACAAAAUCUGGAACGAGUUUGCGAGCACUGUGGAAGAAAAUUCACACAGCUCCGGGAAUAUAGGAGACACAUGAACAAUCAUGAAGGUGUGCAACGAGGCCUACAUCGACGCGCGCACCCUGCGCAAGCACAUGACCAAGCUCCACAGGGACUACAUCCCCUGCAAGAUCAUGCUGGAGAAGGACACCCUGCAGUUUCACAACCAGGGGACACAGGUGGAACACGCCAUCAGCAUCUUAGCCUCGGACAUACAGGAGCAGGAAACCGAGAUCAGCUUUGGCGCUGGCGAGGGCGAGACUGUGGUGGUGACAGGAGAGACGCUGGAAGCCAUCGAAGCAGUUGCAGCUACUGAGGAGUGCACGUCGGUCUCCACCCUUUCUGACCAAAGCAUCAUGCAGGUGGUAAAUUAUGUACUGGCACAGCAGCAGGGACAGAAAAUGGCCGAAGUGACGCAGGCCAUUGAAACUGUAGAAGUAGAGGUGGCCCAUGUAACAACAACAGAGUCGAUUUAGUAUAUGAGGGAGCAAGAGUGGUGAGGCUGUGUAUCUGUGAGAGCCAAGUGUAAAAUGGGUUACCUGAGGCUUUCAGUGAUGCAUGUUUCCAAAUGGUUAAUCCUCAGUACUGAAUGUUGUGGUGACAGAAUACUGCACCAUGCAUUAGAUGGAAAAAGUACCAAUACUCCAGUGUGGGCCAAGGCUUUGAAAACUAAGAUUUCUAUAGUGGCUGUAACUUUAAAGAAAACAAAAAGGUUAUAAUAAUGUUUUUUGUGUCAUAAAGUAUCAUACUGUAAAUUUGAGAAAUUAAAAAAAAAACAUAUAAAAAGGCUGCACUAAAAACUAGAAAUGCACAGCUCUUGGUAGUUUUUUUGUUUGUUUUGAUGUGCAUUUCAUCAAGUUCGUGAGCAAAUUUCCUAUAUUGGAUGCUGUCUGUUUACUCCCAAGACAAGGGAGGUGGUAGAAUGCUUUGUGUAGGCUUGUGCUUCAUGUGACAUACAGAAAAACUGAAGCUUUUUUCUCUGGGCAAAUGCACCAUUGGUAGUUAGUGAAUCCCAGUUCUGAAGAACUUACUUAAAUUCCAGGUGUGAGGGUGGCUGGUCCAAGGUUCAGCAAAAUGCUGUAAAAUGUUUUAUAGAUAAUGGGCAGGUAGAUGGUUGUGAUCUGGUUCUCCAAGAUGGUUGUGAAUUGAAGUUGACCAGAGGACAGCCCACCCCAGGGAGGCUGCUUAGAGAAGCAAACUCCUUUUCUUUGUGAGGGAGGAGUUUGCACCCCAGCCUCUGCACAGCCGCGUUUAGCUCCAUGUUUGCUUGGAAGCUGUUGCCAGCACUGAUGUGUGACCCCAGUGCAGGCAGCCUCAUGAGGGAUGCUUCUGUUUUUGCUUUACAUUUGAUGUAGAAACUGUCAAAGGAGAAAGGUCUAAUGGCAUACUUUUUCAGGAACUAAGGAAGGUUAUGGACUGAUCUUGUAUUGUAUUGGAAGGAGGAGCCCUGCUAAUUCCCAAGCAGGACACAUGACAGUAUCAGGGUAGGGAAAUAUAAGUAUCUUGGGAUGGGGUAAAAAUUAAAUGGUCUCAAAAUUACCAGAAUCUCUAGAAGACCUUAUUACUGCUGCUUUAAGAGAAAUACUUCUAGAUCCAGUUGAUAGCUGAUGUUACACCACAUAGUUGGAAAAAUCCCUACUGAGUGUUCCUGCAGGUGAGUGUGAGUGACAGCUGUGCUUGGCCCAGGUUUCUGUGUCCCUGGUUCAGUACCACAAACAGGGCACACCUUAAUCUGUACAAGUGUAGGUUCCUUUGUUGCUGUGUGGCUUUCUUAAGCAAGCAGCAUGUCUGUCAAGGAAACUGAAAGUGCUUUGCAUGUGAACAAUCAGAGCUGUAGUCUUUAAAUUCUUCUCAGUCUAUAGUGGUAUCAGGUUGCCUAACCUGGACAGCAGUAAGAUACCUGAGCAGCCAGAAACUUGUAAUAUUGCAGGGUAAAUUUCAUAAAGAAAGUGACAUGCAUAUAACUCUGCUACCUGUGAAACAGAUCCACUGAACAAAAUUUCAGCAAACCCUGUGGCACAGUAACCACCUCAUUUGAAUUAGUAUUUCUACUUUUCAUCUUAUUUAACUAUGUGGAUAUCUGUCUACUAAGCUACAGAAUGGACUGUUCUUUUUAUACUUUGCAAUUCUGUAGAUAAGCAGUUGUUGAAAAUUUUUUAUGUUUGAGUCUUGGAUCCAAAUUAAUUUGUAGAUGCCUAUUUCAAAAGUCAGGAUCUUAUUUCAGAGAAAUAAUGUAGUUAUUUAUAUAUCCUGCACCCCUUUACAAUUGUAUUAUUUUCUGAUUACCAAAUGGAGUAAAACUAAAAUGAAUAUUAAAAAAAAAUGACUGCUAGCUGUAACUUGAAUUUUUGUAUGGUAAAGAAUCUGGAGAUAGCCAUCCUGCUUAAAAUUAAAAUACUGCCAUUAUGAUGGAAAAAGAUUUAAAAGCACUAGAUGAACUUGAAAACUUACUUCAAUGUUUGUAUCCUAAAAAUAAUUAUGUAUUACUAAAGUGAAAAAGCGUUCAAGGAAAAAUAGCUGUAAAUAGUGCUAGAACAUUAUUUGUAUAUUUAGUGUGUUACCCUACAAAAAAAGAAUAUUAUCAGCACCUUAGUUUAAUCUUUGGUGCAUUUAUUUAUUUGCCCAACCUAUGGAAGAAGCAAAAGUGAAUCUGAAUUUUGGAGCCUUCUUAUCCACUGUCAGAAUGCUUUUACUGACUCAAUGAUCUGCUGUUUAAAAACAACCACCAACCAAACUAAUAACAGAAGGUUGUUUUGUAAAGGAGAAUCAGCCAGGAAUGUCAAAGCUGCAUGUUGUGGCACCCCUUUCUUUACAUGCUGUGCCUUACCUUUUCAGAACGGUGUGAGGUAAGUGGGGAGUGUCACUCUUGGCUUUGCUAUUCCCAUCUCUGUGGGGUUGCCUUAUGUUUUUCUUUGGACUUCAGCACUUAAGACAUUCACUACCCUCCUGCAAAGUCAGACUGCAAAUAUGCAGUUGGUAUUUGAUUUUUUUUUAAAUAAAGUUAAUGAGAAGUGUCUGUUCAUUAAGUAUUCCUAGUGAAUUCCUGUACAUAAUGAAUCAGAUUUGUACAUUCUGCUGUUUUUAUUUAGUGUUAAAUGUAUAAAGUUAUGGUUAUUUCUGUCAUCAAUAAACUGAGCUCUGCCAUGAA